AUGAACGGAAUACCGAACACAACAUGCCAUCCAUUCGAGUUAAAUUGGACUUGUGUUCAAAAUAAUUGCAAAAAGUACAAAACUCAACACAAUAGCCAUAAAUUCUUCUAUGGAGAAGACGAAAUUAAGAACGAGAUACUCCAAAAUGGCCCAGUCACAGCAGUUUUUGAUGUUAGACCUGACCUUGCGUAUUACAAGUCUGGUGUUUAUCAAUCAGUCCUUUCAGAAGAAGAAUCCUCUUUCCAACAUGCUGUGGUGAUAUAUGGCUGGGGAAAAGAAAAAGAAACUCCAUUUUGGUGGAUUCUUAAUUCAUACGGUCCGAAUUGGGGAAUAAAUGGCUCAAUGAAGUUUCUCAGAGGGAGUAACCAUUGUAAUAUUGAAACACACGUUUCAUCUGCAUUAAUAUAA